GUGAAGAAGUAAAAUAGAAUAAUGGUUAAUCUAACUGGUCCCAAUGAACAGUUAGCGAGGCCCGUAGGAGAAAGGGGUAGUGUCCGCGGACCCUUACCUCCUCGUAACCAUCACAAUUGGGGAGCGAGGUUUGGGCGUCAUCGUGGCGAACUGAGGUUUAGAGAGCCCACAACGCUGGCUGAGAUGGAAGAACUGGCCUGGAGAUCUGCUUUGCUGAUGGAGAAACACGGAGGGGCAUCGAAACAUAAUUUUCACAAGGCUAUGGAUCUUCUUCGACAACAGUACAAUAUGAAUUUCAUUGUGGUGUGCGAGAAAUGUAACGGUCCACAUUUGUAUGAUGAAAUCACUGCGCCAGAAAGGUGA